UGUAAAAAGUACCACUAAGCACUAAGAAAUCAUUACAGUAAUCAUUACAGUGAUUUAAGAUAAAAGAAAGAACUUUGAAAUGCCAAAUAUGAUUACUUUCAUUAUUAUGAAAAUAAUUAGUCUUAUGGAUAGUUAUUUACAUAUGGAUACGGAUAUGGAUAUGGAUACUUAUGGUUAGUUAUAUACAGCCAUAGUAUAUAUCAACAAUGAACGCAAUCCUGUGCAGAUCGUAGUACUUGUAUAUCCUAAUCGUAACCAAUCAAGAGAAAUAGCAGUUAUGGCGCGCACUUUAUCCACUCUUAUCCAUGCUUUAAGUGUGAUAUAUUUACACUCGAUAUGUGUGCCAAACCACAGCUGACUGAAGACCCAUUGACAUAAUAACGAGGAAGGUAAUCGGACUAAGACUGGACCCGCCCCGUCCAGGGUCCACUUGGACUCGGACUCGCAUUACUGUCCACGGUGCUAGUGGUAUUAAUUACGCAGCAAUGGAAGUGGAUUGAAUUUGAUUGGAGUGAAGUAGCGUCUUAGUUCGCCAGCUUCUGUUUCUACUCCAUGUGACUGCCUUUUGUCUUAGGUUAUGGUUGGUGCUUCCAAUGUGGAGCAGUGACACAACCACAACGGUAUGACCGACUGACACACUCUCCAUUUCCAGCAGAUUGAGUCCCCACCUCGCGGAAACUGGUCUGGAAUCAUUGGGGCUGGGUCCGGUGAAUGGGAUAAUGGCAUAAUGCGAGUGGGGAAAAAGUAAAAGGAUGCAGAUGACAGCCAGACAGAGGAUUGUCUGUGGUCAGUUGAGGAAGGGGAAAAUCAGGUGACACGAACAAAAAAAAAAAGGGGGUGUAGCAAAAGCGAAGGGGUAAAGACUUGUUAGAGGAGAAAAAAACCAACCAGGAUUAGUAAAGCAUUCAAUUAGGAAAAGCGUUCAAAGCGGUGAAAGGAAAAGCUGAAAUAGAUUAGUCUUUUCAAAGCAUGACCAAUGAUUUAUAUGUGAAUUUGGACCACAUUUAGCCUACGACUAAUUGCCUAGACUGCAUUAACUAGUUUAUGAAUAUGUAAUGCCUCAAAAUCUGAACCUAUUAAUAACAAUAAAUGUUUAGUAGGAAAAAAAACUCUUACAAACGGUAGUUGGCAAUAUUUUGAGUAUUCUUUGCAACAGGUCUAUCUGUUCCUUAAUCCUACUGGACAUUGAAGAUCGUUGCUAGCUGCACAAUUACAUCGGUACACAGAACAAUCGCCAAUUACGAGGUGCUGGCAAAUAAAACUCCAACAGCAGCAAGUACAUAAUCACCUGUGAUUAACAUAAAAACAACAUUGAAAUGAAAACCGCCAGCAAAGCGAACAGCUCAUCACUCGAAGUGGCUUGAAGGCGGCCCAUCCAUAUGAGUAUUAUUCAAUUACCAGCCAGAAAUUGUGGGGCCUGCUGCUUAAGUUGCCGUUGUGGCUUUGGUUUCUCAAGCCUUUUACGUGCAUUGACUUGCGGCAGCCACAAGAAGCAAGCAAAAAUAAGCGGCAGCUGACGGUAGUCGAAUUAAACAGCAAAAUGGCACGCAUCCAUAGACCCUCGUAUGCUCCUCCACCAAUUCCCCUGAAGAGUCGACCGGCAGCCCCCACUUGUUGAGUCUCCUCUGGAUAUUGCAAUCUUAUUUCUGCUUUUAUGCCUCUGCAGUGAGCUUUACGACUUUUAAGAUCGCUUUGGCACGCCACUCUUUAAUGGUUGAAUAAUCUAUUCAAAAUGUCAUACACUAAUGCCUAAGGACCAAGUAUAAUUUGAAUAUAGCUGGUAAUUGUUUUACCAUUUCUAUGUGAUGUUAAAGGAGCCAACUAUAUGGUUUAGCAACGGAAAAACUUAUUUUAUUAGGCGCAUCUCAUAUAGUUAGUUUGUAUUAUUGAUGCAAUAUAAGAAUGCAGUACGUUAUUCCUAAAACGAAAUGCAAGUCUGGGUUCAAAACCCAAAAUUUCCCUUUUAAAGCUACAUGCUCCAUACAAUCUCCUUUGUUUGUUUUUGAAUAAGCGCAGUAAGCUUGCUCAACCAAUUUUAAUUAAAGGGUAUGCAAAAUUUCGGUAUAUUUAAACUCGAUUCCCAUUCUGGUAUUUGUUUUUGGUUUUUGCGGAGACGGUGGCGCUGCAGUUGGCGCUUGGCUGGCUUGACUUCGCGCCUCCGAAAUCCAGCGGACCACCGAAGGCAAAGUAGACAGGCAACCCCAUAACAACAGCAACCACAACAACUAUAACAAAAACAUCGUACCGCUCACCAUUCGCUGCGCCGCGUGUGUUUUGGGCCAUUGCGAUUAUUAUUGGUGCUGCCGAUGGUUUUGGCCGUAUGCCGUAUGCUCUUCGGCUUAACUCGCUUCGUGCAUCCAUUCAUUCCAUUCGGCGGAGUGACUUGGCCUGGCUUUCGAUUGGCAACUAUAAAAGUGCGCGCAGGCGCUGCAUUUGGCAUCAUUAAACCGUUAACCGUCAAACAGUCUACAGCACAGCCUAGAGUGGUACGGAACGUGUGGAAUAGUGAUCAAAAGCCAUCCCCCUCGAUAAAAAACGGGAUCAGUUCUCGCCCAGUUCUCGAAUCGCGUGCCACACGACCUGGGAAUACGGAUUUCCAUUCCCGUCCAUCGAAGGAUAAACGCAGCAGCAUGAAGUUGAUGCGCACAGCGACAUCGCUGGCUUUGGUCCUGCUCCUGGCCACCAGCUACGUCCGAGCUGAGGACGAGAAGGCCGCCGCUCCCGCCGAGGAGAAGAAGGCUGAGCCGGAGGCCAAGGCUGCCGAGGCAGCGGCCAGCGUGGACACCACCAAGUCGAAGAGAGGACUGCACCAUUACGAGGACUACCACCACCACCACGUGCCCCACUUCCCGGUGCACGAGGAGAAGACACUGACCGUGAUCAAGAAGGUGCCAGUGCCCGUGCCCAUCGAGAAGAUCGUGCAUGUCCCGGUCGAGAAGCACAUCCAUGUGCCCGUUAAGGUCAAGGUGCCCAAGCCCUAUCCGGUGAUCAAGCACAUUCCCUAUGAGGUGAAGGAGAUCGUGAAGGUUCCCUACGAGGUGCCCGCUCCCUAUCCCGUCGAGAAGCAAGUCCAUGUGCCCGUCCAUGUGCACUACGACCGACCAGUGCCCGUUAAGGUUCAUGUGCCCGCUCCUUACCCAGUCGAAAAGAAGGUCCAUGUGCCCGUGAAGGUUCAUGUUCCGGCUCCUUACCCAGUCGAAAAGAUUGUCCACUACAAUGUUGAGAAGCACGUGCACGUGGACAAGCCAUAUCCCGUGGAGAAGGUGGUCCACUACCCGGUGAAGGUGCCCGUCGACAAGCCAGUGCCCCACUACAUCGACAAACCAGUGCCCCACUAUGUGGACAAACCAGUGCCAGUGCCCGUGAUCAAGAAGGUGCCAGUGCCCGUCCAUGUGCCCUAUGAUCGCCCCGUGCCCGUCCAUGUGGAGAAGCCAGUGCCCUAUGAGGUCAAGGUCCAUGUGCCCGCCCCCUACCCGGUGAUCAAGGAAGUGCCAGUGAAGGUGGAGAAACACGUUCCGUACCCGGUCAAGAUCCCCGUGGAGAAGCCCGUCCAUGUUCACAUCGAGAAGCACGUGCCGGAGUACCACGAGAAGCAUGUCACCUACAAGGAGCCGGAGUUCCACCACAAGCACAUCGAGGAGGAUCAUCACCACGCCCCCAUCCAUCACCAUUCGCACCCCAUUGUGGAGCAUGAGCACGAGGUGGAGCAUGAAUUUGCCUCUCAUGAUUAUCAUUCAUAUCACGGUUACUAACCUGGUGAAUCGAAAUCUUCUCUCUUUCUCUCCCCUUCUUUCGCUUUUCUUUGCAGCAUUGAGAAUGAACUGGGAUGGCAAGCUAAACCACUUCCAUUUCCACUAUUUCCCAAAUCCAAAAAGAAAGAUUCCGAACCCAUAACACACAUUACUCCAUUCCAUAUCAUACCAUACCACCUUUCUUCUACACACACUUUGCUAUGCAGAACGUGAUAACCGACAGAGAUUCAGUGAAAACCAGACGAGUAACCGACGAACAUAGCUUUUAGACCGAACUCUCUUCUAGCCUUAAGCCAUAAACAAUAAUAGAACACAAAUGGAUACCUUGAAAACCUUGAAACGUUGACGACGAAACCCGUGAGCACUGUGAAUGAGUGGAUUGUAAAGGAACUUUAGUUUAAGACUUCUAAGCGACACAUUUGGGCCGCACAGCCCACACAACAAGAACAUCAACAUCAACAAGAACAAGAACAAGAACACCGACCCACUUCCCGCCCCUCCAAGACACCCGAUCGAACACAGACAGUUGCCAAACAGAUCCAGGAGCAAAGGAUCCCAGGAUGCGAGGCUUCCCUGUACUGCUACGAUUUGUGUGGAACCUUGGAUGGACGGAAGCGACACCACCUGGGUGCAACAUCGAUGUGGUUGCUGCUGCUGUUUUGUCCUCCAGCCGCGGCUCCCCCCUCUUCUGCUCUGGUCCACCCGACUCGUGCACCCGUUCCGGUUCCCAAGUGAGAUGAGUAUAUCUGUGUCCAGCAAACAGGACUACGAUCAGCCCAUCCAGUUGUGUGCAGCGUCCCAGCGUUGUGAGCGUGUGAUAAGACUACUGAUAGCGUUUAAGCUUGUGCGAUAUUCGAGAUAGGGAGACGCCUAUUUAAGUCAGUUUGUAAUCGAACGUAUUGUAUUAGUGUUUGUAAUAUUCAUUGCUAUACCUAGUUUGUAAUACAUCUAUGUAAUGUUGCUUGUUCGCAUAAGCAGACGAAACGGAUUUAUAAAAAGUACUUAAUUUACCAAAUAUCUUCUGACUCUGUAUAAAAACAAACAAAAAAUCUCAUACAAAAUGAAGCUGAUGAACGAUACACUAUUAAAUAAAUGAAAAUCCAAGUGAUCAAAACGAAAAA